CCUUCGAGCCCUCAUCAGCUCCAUCACCUCUCCUUCUCCACACUCGCCAGCGACUGCUCCAGGCGCGCACAUCUCGCCGCAUCAUCAUCUUCCGCGCACUUGCCGUCGGCAGGCUCUCCCUCGCACGUCUGCUCGCUCCCGCGCCGCCGCCAGCAUCGCUGCAGAACAGCAUGUCCGAGAGCAUCAAGCGCUCAGCCUCGCCGCAGGCGGGCGAAGGCGCCGCCAAGCGGGUCCGCAUCGAGGAGCCGGCGUCAGAGCCGGCAGGCGCAGCAGCACCGAAGGCUGAGCCGGCCCCAGAACCGGCAGCUCCGGCAGCGCCGAAGACUGAGCCGGCGACGGCCGAGUCCUCAGCCGCGAGCGAGACGAAGCCUGCGAGGGACCCGCGCCCGAACAGGAACACGGGCGGCAAUCUCGACACCGCUCGGGCGGGUGGCACUGGACGGGCAGAGACGGAGGACGGCGAGACGGGCGCGCGGUUGCCGAAACGCAAGGUCGCCGUGCUCUUUGGCUACUGCGGCAUUGGCUACUCUGGCCUGCAGAUCAACCCGGGCGUGAAGACGAUCGAGGGCGACAUCUUCGAUGCCUUCUGCACUGCUGGCGCCGUCAGCAAGGAGAAUGCCGUGAACCCUGUCAAGGUCGGCCUGCAGCGAGCGGCGCGUACAGAUCGAGGAGUGCACGCCGCCGGCAACCUGCUCAACCUCAAGCUCAUCCUCGAUCCGCCCGGCAUCCCACCGGGCACGCUCGUGGAGCACAUCAACACCAAGCUGCCGCCCUUCAUCCGCAUCUGGGGCCUGACGCGCGUGCAGAACAGCUUCAAUGCGCGCACGAGCUGCGACUCGCGCCUGUACGAGUAUCUGCUGCCGACGUACGUCUUGCUGCCGCCGAAGCCGGGCAGCGCGAUGCACGAGAUGAUGCUCAAGUGGCAGGCGUCGGAGGAGGAGGCGCUGGCCAAGUCGAGCAAGUCGGACGAGGAGAAGGCAGCCGCGCGCGCGAGCAAGACGCCGUUGCAAGAGCUGCUCGAGCAUGACUUCUGGAAGACUCAGGGCACGGAGCACACGUACCAGGAGGACGUCUCGGCCAAGAAGAAGUGGCGCAUCGAUGCGGCGCAUCUGGAGAACCUGCGAGGCGCAUUCGCAAAGUACCAGGGCAGCCACAACUUCCACAACUUUACCGUGGGCAAGGAGUUCCGGGAUCGCUCGGCGCAGCGAGUCAUGAAGCGCCUGGAGAUCUCGGAUGCGAAGGAGAUCAACGGCACCGAGUGGGUCUCGAUUACCUUCCACGGCCAGUCCUUCAUGCUGCACCAGAUCCGCAAGAUGAUCGGGCUCCUGGUCCUCGUCGGCCGUCUCGGCGCGCCCGCCUCGCUAAUUCCCGAGCUCUACGGCCCCGCGCGCGUGCACGUGCCAAAAGCACCCGGCCUGGGCCUGCUGCUGGAGGAGCCGUUCUUCCAUGGCUACAAUCGCAAGCUGGAGGACGCCAGGGCACGGCCGGGCGGAGGACAGGGAGAGGAUCGAGAGUUUGUCGAGUACAGCGCGUUCAAGGGCCAGAUGGAUGAGUUCAAGCAGACCUUCAUCUACGAUCGCAUCAUGCAGACGGAGGAGGAGACGGCCGAGUGCGUUUGCAUCGCCUCGUCGCUUUCCUUUGCCCUUGCUGACCCGCUCGAUGCCAGAUUUGCAAAGUGGCUCAACUACCUUGAUGUCUUCCAAGGCCCCGAUUUUGAGUACUUGAAUCCGCGAGGCGUCAUCCCGACGGCCGCCAUUCUCAAGGUGGGCGAGGAGCGCCGGGCGCCGGGCGGCCAGCCGAAAGGCAGCCGUCUGUUUGGCGACGACGACGACGAGGACGCAGAGGCGCUCAAGGGCGGCAACUUGGCUGAUCUGGAGGGCUGA